AUGGAAACACCAGAAGUUCAUAUCGAUGUGAGCGGGAAUAUGGAAACACCGAAACAGGAGAGCAAAUCCGGAUUUAACCUGUCCUCGUUUUCCAACUUCUCCACCCGUAUUCCGAGCUUGUGGGAACUGUUGCGAUUAAGCCGGCAAAAUAUUCGUCCUUGGGCAGAAUUUCUACAAACUUCAAACUUUAAAACGGUGGCCAACGUUUCCCGCCUGACGAACCGAAUCAUUCGAAACCUGGCAUACUUUCAAAGCAACUAUCUGUUUGUAUUUCUUGGGUUGAUCGUCUAUUGUUUGUUGACCUCUCCGCUCAUCCUGAUAGUGCUGGGAGCUGUGUUUUAUGCUUGCUACAAAAUCAAGCAGAACAGCACACCCGUGGCUUUCUUCAGCAAGCAGUUGAACACGAACCAACAGUGCAUUGCUGUCAAUGUUGCAGCCGUCCCGUUGCUCUAUUUGGCCGGAGCAGGUGCAGUCAUGUUCUGGGUGCUGGGUGCUUCAUUUUUUGUGAUAUCACUUCAUGCGGCCUUCUAUAACAUCGAUGCAAUUGUUACAGAGGAUAUGGAAACGUUCCUCACCGAAACGGUAUGA